AUGGAAAGCAUAUUACAGGAUCAGAGUUCAAGACCACAUAGUAUACCACUGCAACAUUUGAAAGAAAUCACAAAUAACUUCUCUGAAGAUCGAAUACUUGGACAUGGUGGUAUUGGUGUGGUAUAUAAGGGGGUGCUGCAUAAUGGGGAAAUGAUUGCUGUGAAGAAGAUUGUAUCGUCAUUAAUGCCAGGCCCACAGAAGCAAUUUGAGAAUGAAGUUUAUCAUCUUAUGAUCGUUAGGAACCCCAAUAUAGUGCGAUGUGUAGGCUACUGCUAUGAAAUAAAGAAUGCGUGUUUGGAGUACAAUGGAAAAUAUAUUUUUGCAGAGAUGGCGGAAAGGUUGCUUUGCUUGGAGUAUCUACCCAAAGGAAGCCUCGACAAGUAUCUAUCAGAUGAAUCUUCUGGACUUGAAUGGAGCACACGUUACAAAAUAAUCAUGGGGAUUUGCAAUGGUUUGCGUCACCUUCAUGAGCAAAAUGAUAAACCUAUUGUACACUUGGACCUAAAACCUGCCAACAUAAUGCUCGAUGAUAGUAUGGAGCCAAAAAUUAUAGACUUCGGUCUAUCAAGACUGCUUGACAAAGAACAAACUAUUUGCACUUCAUCUCGUGAUGGAACAUUUGGUUACAUGGCACCAGAAUUCCUACACAGCGGUACAAUUACACGAAAGUCAGACAUAUUUAGUUUGGGUGUAAUAAUCUUCGAGAUAAUAACGGGACGGAGGGAUUACGUGGAUGUUACUCCAAAUUCUUCAUAUGAAUUUAUUGAGGAUACACUUAAGAAAUGGAGAAAUACACUAGAGAGAGCACCCGGAUAUAGGUCCUUAGAAAUAGAAUGCCAACAGAUAAAAAGAUGCAUUCAGGUAGCUCUAAUCUGCAUGAACUUUGAGCGUGCAGAAAGGCCUCGAAUAAUGAAAAUUAUCAGUAUGCUUCAAGGUCUGGAAAGUAUUGACUUUGACGUUACAAAUGUGGAGACAUCAUCUAGACUUUUUGGAAGUACGGAUUUUGGUAUGCCGAAAAAUUUGACAAAGUUAAGUUGCCAAGAGCUUCAAAUAGCUCAUAGAGAUUUUAGCAACAUUGUUGGCUCUGUAGUCUGCAAAGGAACAAUCAAGGAUGGGCCUGAGUUUUUUCCUUUAGAUGGGAAAGCAGCUCAAUUAUCUUGGGACAGACGAAUGAAAAUAGCCACCGGUAUUGCCAAAGGUUUAAGGUAUUUGCACAGUGAGCUGCAACCUCCAUCCACUAUAUCGAAGCUGAACUCCAAGUCAGUUUAUGUUACAGAAGAUUUUACUCCCAAGCUGGUUGAUUUUGAAUGCUGGAAAACAAUGUUUUCCAAGCAUUCGAAGACGCUCGGCCACUCAAAUAAUGAAUCCUCUUUCCCUGGUCACCUGGACUUUUUGAAGGACAAGCCUAGUGAAGUCCAAUGCAAUUCAUUUGCUUUUGGAGUGAUUUUGCUGGAGAUCAUUAGUGGACGGCUUCCUUACUGCAAGGACAAUGGAUAUUUGGUUCACUGGGCUAUCAAGUACCUCCAGCAGCCCAAGGAGAUUAGUAAGCUGGUCGACCCGGAGCUGACCAACGUGAGACCUGAUCACCUUGCUGUGAUCUGCGGUGUGGCUGCUGGAGAUGCUUUAUGGCCUGCAAAAAAUGUGGUGAAGCAGAACGAGCAGUUUGAACUUUCUUGUUAA